GUUUAGGUGCUAGGGUAGCUGUCGGCGAUCUCCAACGAGUGGGUGUGAGCUUUUAGCUGGCACGGCUGGGCUGUGACGAAACAUGGUCCCUCGCGUCGGCUUGCCAAUGCCUACUACGAGCACCCUGUCUGUAAGUCCGUAGCAUCCUGCAUCUACCAACUACCACACCUCCCUCCUUUAUCGUCAUAACCCAACGUCCCUUACUUUGUUUCGCGGCCACUCCGCCUGCUGCAGUACAGUCAUCUAUAACGACUUGAGCACCAUGGUUGGACUCUUCCCAAGCUCGUCGGUCCUGUGCCAGGCCUUUACUCCUACAUCUCCAUACUACAAGCCCCCUGAUCCCGCAACCAAACCACGUCAAGAUCGCGCAGUCUUCACCGCCUGGAGUGCUGCGGAUUCGGCCAAGGAACUGAGUGAGGCUGCUCAGAACGAGUAUGCCCGGGCCAGCGAGAAGGCUCAGGCCAAAGUUGGAGGCAUCGAGCUCUACUCCGCCAAGUAUUAUGCUGCGUGUACCGUGGGAGGUAUCCUAGCUUGCGGCACCACUCACACAGCCGUUACACCUCUCGACUUGGUCAAAUGUCGUCGUCAAGUCAACUCGAACCUUUACAAGGGCAACUUUGAGGCUUGGAGAAAGAUUGGCAGUGCCGAGGGCGUUCGCGGCAUCUUCACUGGCUGGGGUCCUACAUUUGUUGGCUACUCGGUCCAGGGCGCCGGCAAGUACGGGUUUUAUGAAUACUUCAAGCACCUUUACAGUGAACUUGCUGGCGAGGAAAAUGCCACCAGGUACAAGACGGUGCUCUUUUUGGCGGCCUCUGCAUCUGCCGAGCUCAUCGCCGAUAUCGGUUUAUGCCCAUUUGAGGCUGUCAAGGUCAGGAUGCAGACUACCAUCCCACCCACUUUCACCGGCACCUUGCAAGGGAUCUCAUCCAUCACGAGCAAAGAAGGUGUGGGCGGCUUGUACAAGGGUCUCUAUCCUCUCUGGGCUCGACAAAUCCCCUACACCAUGAUGAAGUUUGCCUCUUUCGAAAACAUUGUCGCCGCCAUCUACAACUAUCUUCCAGGUCAGAAGUCCGACUACAACAAGGGAGCUCAGACUGCGGUUGCCUUCACUGGUGGUUAUCUGGCUGGUAUUCUCUGCGCCAUUGUUUCCCACCCGGCCGAUGUCAUGGUUAGCAAGUUGAACGCUGAGCGUGCUCCGGGUGAGAGCUUUGGCGGAGCCCUGAGCCGUAUCUAUUCCAAGAUCGGCUUUGGGGGUCUGUGGAACGGUUUGCCCGUCAGAAUUGUUAUGAUUGGUACCUUGACUGGACUGCAAUGGAUGAUUUACGACUCGUUCAAGCUCUUCAUGGGCUUGCCAACCACAGGUGGUGGCGAAGAGAAGAAGACGGCAAAGAUCUAGAUUUAUGGUACAAAUUGGUUGUCGCAGCUGAAUUGGUACCUGGAUUAGGGGGAGGCUUGACGACGGAAGCCAACUUAAUGAUUGGUUUCGGGUCACACAGCCUGAUGGAUGAUGAACAGUACAAGAUAUGCCCAAUGGAGUAAUUCGUUUCUCUACUCUGCAAA